AUGUCAACGAGUGAGGCAGCAAUUAUCGUCGCCCGCUUUCUGAAGGCCAACAGCUACGAUGAGACUUUGGAUGCUUUUAUCAGGGAAGCUGGCCUCCCACCAAGUGCUGGAUCGACAAAUAAGGGCGAUCUGACCAUCGAGAAGAUCCUCGAAGAGAAGCGAACCUUUGACAUGAGCCUGCAGUUCGAAAGACUCGGCACAGAUGAUGGCGCUCAUGGUUGGACCCAGCAUGCUCCCGCUUUGCCGAACGAGAUAUCAGGCCCGACACGUUCCAACAUCCUUCACAUCUCGCUGCCAUUGGUAGCGAGCACGGCAUCCAUCGAUGCAUCCGAACCGCUGUUGGUAGCCACAACCGCUGACCGCCGGCUCAAUGUUCACAAUCUACCUGCAUGCACGCUCAGAAAUUCGCUAUUGGCUAUGCACGAUUCACCUGUGCUCUCGACUGCUGUACUUAAGCAGUCAUAUCUGCUGACAGCCUCUAUGUCUGGGCAAUUGGCAAUUAGCGAUAUGCAGGGUGAGAUCUUUGACAAGCGUCGCGACCAUGCCAAGUAUGUCGUGCAGAUUGCAAUCCAUGAACUCGAGGAUGUGACCUGGCUCGCGACAGCGGGCUGGGAUGGCAAAGUUCACCUCUAUAGGCUCGACGUCACUGGUGCCGAUUCGCCUACGUUGCCGCCUCCUGUUGCAUCUAUCUCGCUUCCAACUAACCCAGAAGCCCUCCUUUUCAUCAAACACCCCGACAAUGGUUCUCCCGUCCUUAUCGUCACGCGUAGAGAUUCGACUCAUCUCUUUUACCACAGCGUUGACAGCGAAGCGCGCCUCAUCGGCAAGCAGAAUCUAGCGCCACACAGCAAUGCUUGGAUCGCCUUCACCCCUUCAGCGAUUGCCCUGUGUCCAACAGAUAGCACUCUCAUCGCAGUCGCAACAAGUGCUAUCCCCCACAUGAAACUGCUAAUCGUACGCUUGAUGGUGCCUUCACUGGACGGCGAUGCCUCGCUAGCAUCCAUCGUGCCCGCUGAAGAAACUCAGGCAUCUCAAGCACGCGCCGCAUUGGCCUUGCAAGACCGCGAGUCAGCCGCCAUUCAGAUCCACUGCACAACCAUGGCACCGCAGACCGCAUACAGCACACCUGCACUCGCAUGGCGACCAGAUGGCACAGGCAUCUGGGUCAACAGCGACGACGGUUUCAUCCGCGGCAUCGAAGCCACAACCGGCAAAAUCGUCGCUACCCUCAAGGGCCACGAACCCGGUAGCAAAGUCAGAUGUCUUAGUGCCGGCAUGGUAUCCUCAGGUGAUGAGAAGCAGGAGUGGCUGAUCAGUGGAGGGUUUGACCACAAACUCAUCGUGUGGAAGCCUGAAUCUGUAGAGUAG